AUGGAGGAUGAAGCUAAGAAUCCAAUGCAUCCAGUUCUUCUGAUAUUAUUGGGUUCAUUAGGUUAUUGUUAUUUCUUUGUCACAAAAAUCCCAAAAGGCAUAUUGCGGCUCUUAUUUCUCCUUCCUAUCUUCUACCUAUUUUCUAUUCUCCCUUGGCAUUUCCCAUCUGCCUUUGGCAGAGGAAUUUCGUCUUUCUUCAUCGCAUGGAUCACGUCGUUCAAGCUCCUCCUCUUCUCCUUCGACCGAGGCCCUCUAUUUUUCCCCCACAAAAAUUUCUUUGAUUUUGCCCUAGUUUCUGUCUUUCCACUCAAAAUAAAGGAAAAUAUUUCACCUUCUCCAAAUCAACCCUUGAUAGCUCUCACAAAAUUACUCCUAGGAACCGUGCUUCCAAUAUUAAUCCUUUUCUAUGCUAUCUACAAAGAAAAUAAUUCACCAAAAUUUACAUUAUUUUUGUACGGUCUAACCGCGUUAGCCUGGCUCUAUGUUUUUGGGACUAUGGUCCGGUAUGAGCUAGUCCCACUAUUAAACCACCCAUAUUUUGCCACAUCUUUGCAAGACUUUUGGGGAAGAAGGUGGAACCGAAUGUCCUCGGACAUAUUGAGGCAAUCGGUUUACGACCCGACCCGAGACACAUUGAUGGGUGUAAUCGGGUUUGGCCCUGCCAAAGUGGUUGCGAUUAUCACGACAUUGGUCGUGUCCGGCAUCAUGCACGAGAUGGUCCUCUAUUACAUUACGUGCGGGAAGAAACCCACGUGGGAAAUGGCUUGGUUCUUUGUGUUGCAUGGAUUGUGCAUGGUCAUGGAGGCUGGACUCAAGCAAUUAGCUCGGCAAAGAGGGUGGGGCCCGGUGCCCCCGGCCGUGUCGAUUAUUUUGACGGUUGGUUUGGCGAUUGUCACUUGUAAUUGGUGGUUGGUUUUGCCUGUUUGGAGGAGCUCACAGAGAGAGUGCAGAUUCAGGUAA